AUGUUUUUUCUACUCCAUAAUGCCAAUACUUUCUUUUCAUCAGAAUAUGUUGGCAUUCUCGGGAUCAAACUAAUGCCACAUGAUCGCGAAACUACAGUAGAAAAUCAUAAAUUUACAAUAAUGGAUUCCAUAUUUUACAAUUGCUCAACAAAUGCGCAAUCAGAUCGCUCUGGUGGUGGAGCAAUUGCUAUUAAUAAGAAAGCUAUAUAUGGAGUGAUUGACAGAGUUGUUUUUGAUACUUGUUCUUCAACCGGUUACGGUGGCGCCAUAUGUUUAAAGUCUACAGACGGAUACUUUCAAAUAUGUUGUACUAUUGCUCUAAAAUGUGUAGCAAAAGAUACUCUUGGCAAUUUUAUAAAAUCAGAUGGGAAAAAUCAAAACUUCUUUAAUCUUUCGUCGAUUUCGAUGUGUGGUAACUCGAACUUUCCUACAGGAAGUGCUCCUGUGUCAUUUUCAGGACACAAUUUCGCUGGCCACAUAAACUCUUCGAUUAAUGACUGCUUUUCGAAAUCAGGAUCAGAAUUUUUAGGAAAUUCGAAUCUUACAAUGUGUUCUUUCAUUGAUAAUUCCGCUACAGAUGCUUCGUGUCUUUUAUUUAGUUAUUUUCUCGAAAUGAAAUUCGUAAAUAUCAUUAAGAAUUACCAAUUAAAUACCGAAAAGGGUAUGAUAGUACUUACGCCUAACGGAAAUUACCACAUUUUUAAUACAUAUAUCGCUGAAAAUAAAAAUGGAAAUACAUUUCAAUGUAAAGACGCAAAACUGCAAAUUGAAAGUUCUUUUAUUGAUGUAUUCACAUCCGAUGUACCAAUAGACUUUGUUCCUGAUCAAUCUCAAUCACAGCUAAAUAUAACUUUUUUCAUUGGAAAUUUAGACGCUGUUCUACGACCACGCCCCACAAGAACGCCAGCAUAUAGAAAGGGAUAUCAUAAUAAGAAUGAAUUGUUGAUCCAAUCCCAAAAAAGAAGAAAACAACUGAUGAUGUUCAUUUUACUCUCAAUUGUUGUAAUUUGCACAGGAAUUCUUGCAAUUAUAUCAACAGGAAACGAUGAUCUCCCUGAGGAAGAGCCAUUACUAUUAAAGAAAAAGAAAAAAGCAGCAUUAUCUCCAAUGAACGCUAUUGUUUAA